UGUGCACCGCUGUCAAACCGAAGAUGUAAACACAGGACAGAAGUUUUGUGUAGUAGUUUUAUUAGCAGCCUUCAGUUCACCCCUGCUGCGCCGCUUCAUUGUGAAAACCCUGUAAUAUUUCCAGACUUCUGUUGUCGGUCAGACCCUGCAUACUAACACGCGAUGCUAACGUUAGCUCGCUAACAAGUUGUGGGCAGUCUAACGUUGUGGAGAAGUCCAGGUGACGGGACAGAGGUGAGGAGAUGGGCUCUGUCCGCUGGGCUUUCCGCUGUGGGUCGUGGACACCCAGCAGGUCUGACUGGCUGUUCGCUGCUCGCUGCGUUCAGCGGGAGGAGAAGGACAGGAUCGGACAGUUUGUGUUUGCCCAGGAUGCCAAAUCAGCCAUGGCUGGCAGGUUGCUGCUGAGGAGAUUCGUGUGUGAGAGAAUGGGGAUCCCCUGGUCAGAGAUCAGACUGGAGCGAUCUCCCAGAGGGAAACCUUACCUGGCAGCACCACUGAAGGUCAGUUCAGAUGCAGACCCUGAACCUGCCUGGAGUUUCAACCUGUCCCACCAGGGGGACUAUGCUGUGCUCGCUGCAGAGCAGGGGCUCCAGGUUGGAGUGGAUAUAAUGAAGACAACCAUGCCAGGUAGCAGCUCUGUGCCGGAGUUUUUCCGCAUCAUGACUCGUCAGUUUACAGCGCACGAGUGGAGCGUCAUCCAAUCAGCCGGCUCGGAGCACCGGCAGCUCGCCGCGUUCUACCGCCACUGGGCCCUGAAGGAGAGCUUCAUCAAAGCCAUUGGCACAGGUCUGGGCUUCAACCUGCAGAGGGUGGAGUUUCACCUGUCCUCUGAACCGCUCGCACAGGGCCGGGCACUGCGCCAGACCAAGAUGCAUCUAGAUGAGGAGGAAGAGGAGGACUGGAUGUUUGAAGAGACCUUGCUGGAUGCUGACCACCAUGUUGCUGUAGCGCUCGGACCAGCAGACAAACCGGACUCUGCACCUCUUCGCCCUUCUCUUCCUCCUCCCACCACGUUCACGCUGCUGUCGUUCACUGACCUCAUCGCCUCUGCCUCACCUCUGACAGAGGAAGACCCCGCCUACUGGGACAGCUUCGCGAUGAAGGCCGAAGCCCCACAGAGACAGAGAGACACACACAUGUCCAAAUAACCACCCGUCUCACACUGACACACACACACACUUCUCAGAAGUGCCAAAAAAGAAACACAUACCCUGACAUUGAAGCUGUUUUCUCAUUCAACACAAGUCCAGUCAAGCCGAGUCAGGUUUAUUUAUGAAGCCAAAAAUAGCAGGUCUGUCUCAGAGGACUUCAGAAGCCAUACAGGACCUGACACCUUCUGUCUUCUAAUCCUCGGUUCAGAUAAAGAAAAACUUCCCCCCAAAAAACACACAAACAUACUGCACAGUACAACUAAACCUGUGAUGCUGGUCGACAGAUUGAUAUUAAGUGUAUUUUAUGAACUACUUAUCACAAUGUAAUGAGUUUGUGUUUAAAGUAAGUUGAAACCGUCUUUUGCAAAUAAAAACUAUUCACAUUAUGUCAUUUCAGGAUGCGCAUUGUCUAAGAUUCUGCACUGCGCUCCUCAUUAUUGAUCAUUGGACGCCCCCUACGGCCCUCAAACAAUGCGCUGAUUGGAAUAAAUCUGUUAUACAGUCUGUACCUAUAUAACAUGUAAUAUGUAGGAUAAGUGAAGCAUGACUCAGACGAAUAGAUGAUGAUUAAUAGACUAAAUUUUAGUCAAAUCCUUCUGAGGAUCAAAAGUGAGUUGCAUGAAGUGGCGAUGUGUGUGCACCAGUAUUGAAGAUCAAUGUCACUUCACAAAGUCAUUUUUCUCUUGGCCUCUCUCCUCUUUUCUCUGCCUUUGGUCAGUUUUCCAUGCGUUCAAUGCAAAGCAGCACAUACAGAAUCUGUUUACCUCUGCAGGUGUCCU